AUGCUUACCGAGAAGACACCGCAACUAACUUUCAUCCGUGGUACCACAGCAUCCAAAUCUUGGAGGGCGCCAACUAAAAAAGGAGAUCCACUGCAGUAUAUCGCUGACCAGCACAAAUCACAGAAUGUUUCGACGCCUUCAACACCUCAAACAACAAAAGGUGCCCUAAAGGAGAAAGUAAUCCUGAAGAAGGAUAUCACACCAUCGGCACCGCUGCCACCAAUGUUGCCAUCCAAAGUUCCUGAACCGGUACCGGCUCGAAUACCACGACCGAAAAUAAGCAGAUACAUUCCAGGCGAAACUGUAGCACAGUCUCCUGAUGAGGUUUGCCUACUGCUGUUUUCAAGCCGCCGUUACAAAAAAAGCCACGAUUUCGCAGAAAAAAAAAUUUUUCUUAACUAA